UCGAUUACCACUGAUGGUGGUGUCAGAUAAAGCUAUGGCGGACAAGGAAAAGCGCCGGUCCGGGGCUACUCCUCCAGGGAUGCCCGAGGGCAAAGCCACCAAAUCGGACAGCGACAGGGAGUUUCUGUCGCAGGCAGGGGUGGGAGAACUGCUCCGCGGGGCCAUCCUCAAGAUGGUGGAGGCCAGAUCGGACGAUCCCAUCGGGUUCCUAGCCGACCACUUCUGCAACCUCGCCUCCGUGACAGAGACCGGCUCAGCUGGAUGCGGCGAUGGGGAUCAGCUGAGCAACGGGCAUCUGAGCGCUGGUGCGCAGGAGCAGCAGGAGCAGCAGCAUCUCAACCGGGCGCUGUGGCACCUGAGGCUGGCGCACCACUCCCAGAGAUCUGCCUUCAGCAACAACGUCCGCGUGGCCUACGACCUUUUGAACCUCACUGGGCCCCGUAGGCGUCCUGCUGAGGUUUGUGAAGGCCCUGAUGUCCCUGGCACCGACAGCCUGACAGAAGGAGGAGGAGGAGUGAGAGGAGGCCUCUACACACAGACUCUGCAGUGCCUGUGCAGUGAGGGUGGAGUCCCGGCCUCCACCUCCGCCCCGCUCCUCCGACGCCUCCAUUGCCAAGACCAUGAGGCAGUCCCUUAUGAUGUCUUCCGUCACGGUGUGCUCACAUGUGCAGUUUUCUCAGACUACAUCCGGCAGGCUCAGAGGCUUUACGCUGAAGUGUGCUGCCCGGACGAAGGGCCUGCCUUGCGGGCACUGUGCCUGGCCGUGCUGGGGACCUUAAAGGAAGCCCUGGAGACUUCCCAAGGCUGUGAGACAAUCUCCUGUGUUAAUGCUAAUACUAAAGCUACUUCCUGUCUGGAUGCUAACGUAAAGGCUAUACGCUACCUGGAGGCCAGUGCCAAGAUCUCUCCCUACAAGUUAGGUCAGGCCAUGGCUGGAGCACAGACACGGGGCCCAGGUGGUAAUAUGGACGCAAAGGAGUUUGAGAACGCAGCCGCAGAGCUCUUCAUCACUCGAGUGAAAGUUGUGUCCUAGGUUUCUUGUCGGUUUUCUCAUAAUUUAUGAAUGUACAACAAUCUAAAGUAUAUCCUACAGUAAAUAAUUACCUUCUGUGUACCUCCUCUAACCUCGAACCUACACUCACAGAUAUAACCUCUUUUCAAGUAGACACUAAAUCCUAUAAUUCCACUGUUUGGAAGAUAACACUAAUUGUAAAACAUAUUGUUUGUUGUCGGUUAUUAGAAAAUCAGCAAGCAGCUACCGUGCUGUGUGUUCCUGACAGUUUCCAUUAUUUUUCAGCCUUUGCCGUGAAAUGCUCAGAUUAGAAAGUACAAAUCUGUACUGUUCUACGUCUUAUGCAAUCCAAUACAACAACCCUAUUAUAAAUCCUCCUUUUUUGUUGAAAGGGAUGUUGAUUAGGGGCUCUAUGUCCUCUUGGAGGCUGUAGUUUGUGAUGCUGUUGUAUUUAAGUGUUUCUGUUGUUUUGUUAACCAUUUAUUAGAAACAGUUACCCAGUUUGACAGGAGCAAAUCACAUAUGCUAUCCUGAUGAAGGCAUUGUAGCAAAAGAUAUUUUGGGGAAUAAACAUGUAAUGUUCACUUA